UUUGCAGAUAUAUUGCUUCCCCACCCCUUUCUGCACUGUCUUGACAGCAGAACUGGAGAAGGGAAUUAGCUCAGACAUGUGCCCCAGGUGAACCUAACAGGAUGCAAGAGGCCAUCUGAACUGCACUUUUUAAACCCGUGGGAACCUCUUUUCUCCACCAUGCCCAGAGAAUGAAGACUCCUCCCGUCAUGUUGGUAAAAAGGAUCUUGCUGUACACUCUGCUAGUAAUGCUGGCUCAGAGCAACUAUGAAGGUUACGGAUUUGAAACUACCUAUUGUGCAGUUGAAAUUCGAGUUAAAAGAAACUCACAGUACAAAAUUAAUCUCGGGAACAAGCUGACUAUAGGCUGUCCUGUUCGUUACUGCAGAGAAAAGCCAGUCAUGCAGUGGUGCAAGAUGGAAGUGGAUACAUGUGUGCUGCUGAAGGAGGGCAAAGCAGAAUGGAAGACCAACGAGUUUACUCUGGAGUUUUUCUCAGUUAAUCAGAAUGACAGCGGAAUUUAUCGUUGUCGAGCGAUAGGGAACACCCUUUCCAGUGAGAGCCAUGGAAUAAAGGUUAUUGUUGAAGAAAAGUCUGAAAACUUUAGCACAAUUACACCAGAAAAUACCACUAGUAUCUCAGAAGAGUCCCAAGAAUCUGGAAACUACAAGAUAUUACAGAUUAUUUAUGCUUCAGCAUCCAUGGGUCUAUGCUGUCCAUUCAUCGUCAUAUGCAUCUUUUGGUGUCUGAGGAGGUACCAUGUAAAGCAAAAGAGAACUCCAUUAACUCCACAGAGACAAAAGAGCCUGGUCAGAAGUCCAGCAGCUGCUCCAUCCCACACUGCUGGGACAACUCAAGCUUCAGAAGAAAGUCCCUCACUUUACUAUUGCUCCAUGGCCAUCCCACUGCAGGCCUUGCACGGCAAUGCAAUUUAUGACAACGAUGUCCCUCCCUGGAACACUCAGAGGACAGCACUUAAUGCAUCUCACAAUGAUCCCGUUAUUCCUUCCAUCCCAGUUUUACCUGAAAGCCCAGAUGUCCUCACAUAUGCUACACUAAAUCAUUCUGCUUCUGCAGAAAGAUGCCAGAGACAGGCACUAACUGUAGAGAAUGAGUUUACAGAAUAUGCCUCCAUUAAUGUAAAUAAAUAAAUGUGCAAGGACUUCUUCAGACAGCCAUUCUGCAUGCAGCCCCAGUUCUAGCUUCCCUCAAGGAUGUUGUUCCUUUCUCUUUUGGGAAGACUUCCCUUUAGUUAAGAAAAGCCUAUGGAUGCUCCCCUGAAUUCACCAGAAUUCAAAACACAGCCCAUGUCAAUGGGUGGGUAUUUGCACUGUGCGUUUUGUCUUUUAAAUGGGGGAAUAAAAACAGUCAGCUUUCUUAUUUUACCUUUUUUCAGGAUUCUGCUUCUAGCCUGACUUUGAUUUGGUUAUGGUUUGAAUAUAGACAAAGAGGAGAAGGGGAAGGUUUUCCUAGGAUAGAAACAUGUAAAAUGAACCUGUGAGGAAGAUGAUACUGAGUCAGGUUAAUUUCUGCCAAGUAAAAGCUAAGAAUGUUUGUGGGAGAGUUUUUCUCUGAGUUUCCAAGAACAUCCUUCCAAGGAUUCAGUUUUUCAUUCCAGUUUAUCUCCUUGCAAAGUUCUUUGAGCACCAUGACUGUCUAAAGUUAUUAUUAACCAAAAUAAAGUGAAUACUUGUG